AGCUGCACAUCAUCUAGAGGAGCGGUUCGGCGGGUGACCGAGCGCUCCAAAGGAGAUGGAUGAGUUAUCCCAAAUUGCUUGAGGGCUCUAACGCAGUAAGAUGGUUGAUAAGUGGAAGGGGCGAUGUUGAGCUGUGAACAGCGACAGGGGAUCGGAGAGCCCAGCGUGUACCACGCCGUGGUGGUGAUUUUCCUGGAGUUCUUUGCCUGGGGGCUGCUGACCACGCCGAUGCUGACGGUGUUACACCAGACUUUUCCUCAGCAUACGUUCUUGAUGAAUGGCCUGAUUCAUGGAGUCAAGGGUCUGCUUUCUUUUCUAAGUGCCCCACUGAUUGGUGCUCUCUCUGAUGUCUGGGGCAGGAAAUCCUUUCUCCUCCUCACUGUCUUCUUCACGUGUGCACCAAUUCCCCUUAUGAAGAUCAGUCCGUGGUGGUAUUUUGCUGUCAUUUCCAUGUCUGGGGUCUUUGCUGUCACCUUCUCUGUGAUUUUUGCCUAUGUUGCCGAUAUCACGCAGGAGCAUGAACGCAGCACGGCGUAUGGCUUGGUGUCGGCCACCUUUGCUGCAAGUCUGGUCACCAGCCCGGCCAUCGGCGCGUACCUCUCCCAGGCCUACGGCGAUACGCUGGUGGUCGUGCUCGCCUCCGGCGUUGCCUUGCUGGACAUCGGCUUCAUCCUGCUGGCCGUGCCGGAGUCUCUGCCGGAGGAGAUGCGCCCGGUCUCCUGGGGAGCUCCGAUCUCCUGGGAACAGGCAGACCCCUUCGCUUCCUUGCGGAAAGUGGGUCAAGAUUCUACAGUGCUGCUCAUCUGUAUCACUGUCUUUCUCUCCUACCUUCCUGAGGCCGGGCAGUAUUCCAGCUUUUUCCUGUACCUGCGACAGGUCAUUGGUUUUUCCUCGGAGACUGUGGCAGCCUUUAUUGGGGUAGUUGGAAUUCUCUCUAUACUGGCUCAGACAGUAGUGUUGGGAAUUCUGAUGCGUUCGAUAGGAAAUAAAAACACCAUCCUGUUGGGACUGGGCUUCCAGAUCCUGCAGCUGGCCUGGUACGGCUUCGGGUCGCAGCCUUGGAUGAUGUGGGCGGCGGGGGCAGUGGCGGCCAUGUCGAGCAUCACCUUCCCGGCCAUCAGUGCCAUGGUGUCCCGGAACGCCGACCCCGACCAGCAAGGUGUGGUGCAGGGGAUGAUCACUGGAAUUCGGGGUCUGUGUAACGGCCUGGGGCCGGCGCUCUAUGGCUUUGUCUUCUAUCUCUUCCAUGUGGAGCUGAAUGAAAUGGCUGAGGUGGAAACUUUGGGUAAGGCCUCCAAACCCAACAUGGCCAACCCUACGGACGAGAGCAGCAUCAUCCCGGGGCCUCCCUUCCUCUUCGGGGCCUGCUCUGUCCUGCUGUCGCUGCUGGUGGCCCUGUUCAUCCCGGAGCACACCCUGGCCCUGCGCUCGGGCGGCCACAAGAAGCACAGUAACGGGGCCCAGGCCCACCCCCACAGCCCGCAGGCUGGCGGCGUGGACGGGAAGGAGCCGCUGCUUGAGGACAGCAGCGUCUGACGGGGGCACAAGGACCUGCCCAGCCCCUGCAGCGGAGUCCGGGGCAAGGGGGACGGAGGUGACACUGUGCCACCCACAACUACUGGGAAGGGACGGGGUUUCCCUUCCAGCCAAACGUGCCCAGAUGGUGCAGAGGGGGGGGGGUUGAUCACCUGGCGCCAACGGAGGGGAGGCGCUAAACUGCUCCACGUGGAGGGACGGUUCUGGAGAGCAAACCUGCCCUUGUAGGGGAAUUCCAACCUCGGUGUGAGCUGCCAAAUGCCCAACUUGCCGGUAAAACGUGAAGGAGCUCUGACACGAACAGCCCGAGUGAAGGAGGAUCCAGCCCUGCCCCCGUCCCCUCACCCGGCUGCUCCCCCCAGGCGUCUGCGAGCGGACCCGUGCGCCCGAGGGUCGGUGAUUGGCCCGGCCCAGGCGAAACCGGGACACCCCCCCAAAAAUCCACUGACUUAAUGUUCUGGUGAAGGUAAGAAAAAUGAAGAAGUAAAAUUGCAAGAGACACACGGGAGACUGGGCAGAGGAGAGAGGGCAACUGCAUGAGGUCCAAGUGCUUAGAGGUCAAUGACAUUUGUGUUCCUGUUUGGUUUUUCCUUUUCUGCUACACGGGUGUAACGUUUGUCCCUGCUGCCUCCAUGGGUAGUAGGUAGAAGGAUUUUUCAGAAUUUUUUUCUGGAACUGUAGGGGUUGUUUAGAAAGUACAGUUCUCUGGGAGUUUGGAGAAACAGCUAAACUCUGCUAGGCACUUGGAUAAAGUGUGGUUUCCUGAGAGAAAGGUCGAAGAAAUAGCUGUUUAUCUUGAGCACUUUUAUAAAGCAUGCUGAUCUUUCCCCAGGCUCUUGCCAUCUAAUAUUAAAACCAGAUAAUGACCAUAGCUUGGGUUUUUUUCCUUGGUCCAAAAGGUCUUGAUGGUGAUGAUUACAGUUGAUUUGAACGUACAGGUUUGGGUUCCACGUAGCAUUUCUGAGCCUGCUCUGAAGGGUUUCAUUCUGUUGAAGAGUGGAGUUGCAACCUCUGCUGUGGGGUUCAGCUCUGGUGAGAAAGAGCAGCAGGAACUUGAACUUGAGUGUUGUGAAAGCAGCCGAGACAAAUGUGUGGGGAACGCCGGGUUGUCUGUGGAUACGUGGAGGUACGGCAGAGGGCAGGACACAACUGUUCUCAUCUGAGUGAGAUCAGAAGUGACGGCACCGAGCGCUCGCUGGGGAAGCAAAGACCGAGCUGGGAACACUUGGGGAAUUAGUGGUUAAGGGAAUUGAGGGAAUGUGGCCAGGAGCAGCCCUGCCCCGGCGCGGGGAGCGUGCGGCUGCUGUCAGCUGCCUGGGACCCUCCGCGGGGUGGGGGGGUGGGUGACCUCGGCAAGAAGGGCCACAGGGGAGGGGCUGGGGCCUCACAUUCAGGUCUCCCUGAAUGGGUGGUUGUGGGCGAUGCUGCUCCUGCACGGCAGCAGCUGCAGGUGCCGUUUGCCUCUGGGCUCGGUGGAAAAUCCACCUGGAUGUCCCCGGAGAGCUCAGUCUUGGCCCCGCGCCAGGCUGCGGGGGGACAUGAGCUCCGGUUCGAGCUCUCCCGGCACGAGGGCUGGUUACUGCUGGCGUGGGACAGAGGGAGCUGCGGUUCCGUGUCGGUCUCAAACACCCGUUAGCAGCUCGGAACCGCCUGCCUGGGCUGAGCCGAUGGGACAAAGUCUGCUUAUCGCUUCCCUGGACCAGUUAGUUAUUGGAGGGGGGCGGUUAGGUGAAAUAAUUCAGUUUGGUUUAGUCUGCCCCAGUGCCCCGCGAUCAGAACCGUAGGAACAGGCAAUGGCCCGUGCAGCCCCGGGCGCGCUGCGGAGCGGAGCUGGCAGAGCCCCAGCGACCUGCGGUGGUUCCAGCUUUCCCCAGUCCAUGGUGGUGAUGCUCCAGAUUCCCGAAGGUUACAGGGAUGGUCCGUGCUGUGCGUACAUGGCAAGCCCCUUUCCUGAAGGAAAUUCAGUCACUUAAAUUUCCAGGCAGCAAUCCCAACUCUGCGUUCUCACAGAAAUGCCUUUCUGGGACCGGAGCUUCACCGAGUGCGUCUGGUGACGGGUUUGUUCACACCCUGUGAGUGACCUGGGGUAGGUUUGUCCCUCACACACGGAUGAAGUGGAACCAAACACUGAGUCAUUACCUCGUUCACACUGAGGCGCUCGGAGCUUCACGGGUAGAGUAGAGCAGAACGUUACA